UGAUUUCAAGAAGGGCGAAUUGGAGGUCGGCAUCGUGGGCGGACCGCGGGCGGACGGCAAGGAAGGCACCGAGACCGAAUUCCGGGCCCUGACAGAGGACGAGAUUGACGAACGGCUGCAAGCCAUUGCCGACAAGGACUGAGCGAGGUGCGCUGAGAUGGGGACGGCGAGGCUGGCAUGCAGGGUUGUAGUGGAGGACCGUUUGGCCGGCUCCGGGGGCGUCUGGUGCGGCGUCUGGUGCAGCGUCUCCAGCUGUGACGAACGCAAUGCAAGGGCAAUUUUGGGAUGCUCCCCUGCAUAAGCGUAGCGUGAUCUGGGAUCGGGGAAAGAGGACUGGGAGCGGUUCAGAGGGUGUUCUCAGCCGCGACGAUGGUGAGAGUUUGUAUGUCGCUAGUCCUUCUACUGAGCUCAAUUCCAGCCGUCGUCCUAGGAUCUCACUACCACACUCACAAGCCCCCCAGGAUGCGCCGUCUGAAGGGCUCGCCACAGUUGCGGGAUCUUCAAAUCGUUUUAUUCGAACUGAUCAGUCCGUGUUGGAGCAGGUCAGACAGAAGCAACCCAAUGGAUGCAGGUAUCUAACUGCCAGUUCUCAUCAGACAGCGGUCAGAGAGCACAGCACUCUACCUGCACGCAUCUACAGGACCAGCUGCAGUUGUCCGCACCAGCAGCCGCGUCAAAUGUCCGCACCAAUCGUUUUACGCUCUCGGUCACCAGCUAGUCAGUUCCCACUACGAUUACCAGCUGCGACGGUCCCCGCUAUUACUACCGCACAGCAAGCUGCAGCUUCUACUGGCACCGCAUAGAGCCGCACAGCCUUAUGUGGCGCGGCUGUUGUUUUUAGUUUUCCACUGGGCUCGC